UUUUGUUUGUUUCAAGGAUGACUUUGCUGUUGGGGUCUCCGGGGUCUGGGAAGACCACAUUGCUCAAGGCUUUGGCCGGACGGAUGCUAGACUCAGGACUCAAGGUGUCAGGGAGGGUGACCUACAACGGACACGGCAUGGAGGAAUUUGUCGUCGAGAAGGCAGCAGCAUACGUUAGCCAGGAGGAUCUCCACACCGGGGAGAUGACCGUUAGGGAGACGCUCGCCUUCUCCGCCGAGUGUCAAGGCACCGGUGACCGUCAGGAUUUGUUAGCCGAGCUGACGAGAAGGGAGAGGGAAGCGGACCUGACACCGGAGCACGACAUCGACGUGUUCAUGAAGAGUAGCAGAACAGAAGGAGUAGAUGGCAAGAGCAACAUAGUUACAAACUAUAUAAUGCAGAUCUUAGGACUUCAUACCUGUUCGGAUACAUUGGUUGGAAAUGACAUGGCAAGAGGUAUAUCCGGCGGACAAAGGAAACGUGUCACGAUAGGAGAAAUGCUCAUUGGUCCGGCAAGAUCCCUAUUCAUGGAUGAGAUCUCGAAUGGGCUUGACAGCUCAACUGCAUUUCAGAUAGUGAAUUUCCUAGGGCAAUUGGUCCACAUACUUGGGGGAACGGCUGUCAUCUCUUUACUUCAACCAUCACCUGAAACAUAUGAUCUUUUUGAUGAUGUCAUGCUCCUAUCAGAGGGGCAUGUUGUCUACCAAGGGCCCAAAGAGAACGUGAUUGAGUUUUUUGAGUCCCUAGGCUUCCGAUGUCCCCAGAGAAAAGCUAUUGUCGACUUCUUGUUAGAAGUGACUUCAGUUAAAGAUCAAAAGCAUUACUGGACAAGGGAUGGUCAACCUUAUCAGUACAUCACUGUGGAGAAAUUUACAGAAGCUUUUCAUGCAUUUCAUGUUGGUCAGAUAAUUCUAAAGGCCCUUGAGAUCCCAUUUGAGAAGAACCAGAGUCUCUCGCCAGCUCUAACCAAUUCAAAAUAUGGUGUGAGCAAACGGCAGUUGGUCAAUGCCAUAUCUGCUAGAGAAAUCCUACUUAUGAGAAGGAACUCGUCCCUAUACAUGGUUAAUUUUGCACAUAUGGCUAUGAUAGCAUUCAUCGCGUUAACAAUCUUCUGGAAAAGCAAUAUGCAUCGCGAUUCAUUGACUGAUGGAGGGUUAUAUCUGGGGGUGUUGUUUUUCUUUGUGGGUGAAACCAUGUUCAGCAAUUUAGGUGACCUUGGCGGAACUAUCAUGAAACUGCCACUUUUCUUUAAGGAAAGGGAUGUUUUCUAUCCGGCAUGGGCGUACACUUUGCCUCAAUGGAUUCUUAAGAUUCCCAUCACCCUUGUUGAAAUCACAAUAUUGGUUUCCAUGACAUAUUAUGCAGUUGGGUUUGACCCAAAUAUUGGGAGGUUCUUCAAGCAAUAUUUUUUGCUUCUAGCACUAAGUCAGAUGUCAUCUUCCUUGUUCCGGUUGAUUGCUGGAGUAACGAGAAACAUGUUUGCGGCAAACAUCUUUGGAACAUUUACAAUGCUUUUGCUUUUGCUGUUAGGUGGAUUUUUGCUUUCUAGCGAAAACUUCAACAAGUUUUGGUUGCUUGGAUACUGGAUCUCACCAUUGAUGUAUGCACAAACUGCAAUUUCGACAAAUGAAUUUACAUCUCACCGCUGGAGUAAAGCACUUCCUAGGUCAACAGAGCCAUUAGGAACAAGUGUCUUGAAAUCUCGAGGGAUAUUUGUGGAGGCAAAAUUGUACUGGAUUGGCUUAGGUGUACUGAUUGGAUACACAAUUAUAUUUAAUGGCCUCUACACCGCAGCUUUUACAUACUUCAAAACACAUGGUAGAGGCUUUUCAUCAUUGACAAACAAGGCACUAGACAAAAAAUUUGCAAAACUGAGUAGGGAUGCUCCCUUAAAAAGAUCUCACCAAAAAAGAGUAAUGAAUGAAAUGGAGAGUCCUACAAACAACGGAAGGGUAUCGCUUCCAUUUGUGCCACUUUCACUUACCUUUGACAACAUAAGGUAUUCAGUAGACAUGCCAAAGGAAAAUAAAGCACGGGGUGAGACAAAAGAUCGUUUGGAAAUACUAAAGGGUGUGAGUGGUUGCUUUAGACCAGGUGUGCUGACUGCAUUAAUGGGCAUUAGUGGUGCCGGAAAAACAACGUUGAUGGAUGUGUUAGCAGGAAGGAUAACCGGAGGCUACAGAGAGGGGACAAUAACUAUCUCGGGCUACCAAAAGAAGCAAGAAACCUUUUGUCGUAUAUUUGGAUACUGUGAGCAGUCAGAUAUCCACUCUCCACACUUGACUAUUCUUGAGUCACUUCUAUUCUCCGCGUGGCUUCGAUUACCAUCAGAAAUUGACUCAUUAACAAGAAGGAUAUUUGUUGAGGACGUGUUGGAGAUCUUGGAGCUCACAUCAUUGGGAGGUGCACAAGUUGGAUAUCCUGGAGGAUAUGGUCUCUCAAUUGAGCAACGGAAGAGGCUGACCAUUGCAGUAGAGCUUGUAGCUAAUCCUUCUAUUAUUUUCAUGGACGAGCCAACAUCGGGGCUUGAUGCUAGGGCUGCAGCAAUUGUAAUGAGGACUGUCAGGAACCUGGUGGACACUGGUAAAACUGUUGCCUGCACCAUUCACCAGCCAAGCAUAGACAUAUUUGAAACUUUCGAUGAGCUUUUUCUACUGAACCGAGGAGGGGAGGAGAUCUAUGUUGGUCCACUGGGCGAGCAAUCUUUGAAUAUGAUCACAUACUUUGAGGGAAUAGGCGUUAAUAGGAUACAAGAUGGGUAUAACCCCGCAACUUGGAUGUUGGAGGUAACCUCAACAUUACAAGAGCAAAUGUUGGGGAUUAAUCUUUCUGUAAUAUUCAAACAAUCAGAGCUAUAUCAGAAGAACAAGGCCUUGAUAAAGGAACUAAGUAUGCCUCCUCCUAGCUCAACCGAUCUCCAUUUUCCUGAUGAGUAUUCACAAUCUUUAGUGAAGCAAUGCUUAAUAUGCUUAUGGAAGCAAAACUUAUCAUAUUGGAGGAACAUUCAUUACACUGGGAGUAGAUAUUGUAUCACCAUAAUCAUAGCACUGCUUUUUGGCACGGUAUUCUGGGACCUUGGAAUGAAAAGAGCGAGACGACAAGAUUUGUUCAAUUCCAUGGGGUCCAUGUACGCUGCCAUUCUAAUGAUCGGUAUUUCGAAUGCAUCGGGUGUCCAACCGGUGAUUGCAAUGGAAAGAAUAGUGUUCUACAAGGAAAGAGCAUCUCAAAUGUACUCAUCCCUACCGUAUACAUUUGCACAGGUUGUAAUUGAGCUCCCAUACGUACUCGUUCAAUCUCUUAUUUAUGGAGUUUUGGUGUAUGCAAUGAUAGGAUUUGAGUGGACUGCAACCAAAUUCUUUUGGUACUUGUUCUUCAUGUACUUCACAUUCUUGUACUUCACAUUCUUUGGGAUGAUGGCUGCGGGACUUUCACCCAGUGGUGGUAUCGCAGCAAUUAUAUCAUCUGCAUCCUAUGGCCUAUGGAACUUGUUCUCUGGGUUUCUCAUCCCAGUUUCUAGAAUUCCUAUCUGGUGGAGUUGGUAUUACUGGAUAUGCCCGGUUGCAUGGACAUUGUAUGGUCUAGUCACUUCACAAUUUGGGGAUGUCGAGGAGAAACUUGAGACUGGUGAGACUGUAGCAGAGUUCCUGAGGAGCUACUAUGGUUUCAAGCAUGAAUUCUUGGGAGUGAUUGCCACAGUGACUAUGGGAUGCACUGUGGCUUUCGCCCUCUUGUUUGGCUUUUCUAUCAAGUAUAUCAACUUCCAAAGGAGAUGAGGCUUUAACAAAACUAGUAGUGGCAAGAAGAAAUUAUAGUCUCCUUGCGAAAUAUGGUCGAGAAGUAUAUUUAGUGUCAGAUAUAUCCGUCACACCCCACAUAUAGACAAGGUGGUGUUGACAGGGAGGCACCAUGGUCGGAAUUGUGACCACGUGUGGCAUGCGUGAGUUAUUGGCUAGGUCUAUGUGUAAGUGUUGUUAAAACUCUCUGUAGUCAUCCUAUCAAAUUUUCAAAAAAAGAAAUGGGUAAACUCU